UUUGAUGUGGCUAACGUAGGUGUAUAACGGACAAUACUAGUGCAGUGCUUGUGUGACUCAGUUUGGCAUUUACACGUUUAUUACAGCUUUGUAACAUGUUUAUUAUGCUAAAAAAGGAUCUAGUUCUGGACUUUUCUAUUUGGCGGUAUAUCUACCUUGUGCUUACACUUGCUUCACACUUAUUUUUCUUUGUGCACAGAUGAUGUCCUGGAAAAAUUACGGGAGUUUCAAGAGGGUCCGGAUCCUUCAAGGAAGCUGAAGGAAAAUAUCAGUGGGAAGAUCUACAGGGUUAAAAAGUUUUUAACUUUUUAACCUUCAUGGCAGAGGGCAAGUCGAAUCUAUCAAAUAUGGUCUUCCUCAAUGAGACCAGAAAGAUACACUCGUGAGUAAUUUUUCGUCUUGUCCUUACUGUGACCUGUGAUGUUUUCGUUGUUUGAGAACAAGUUGCUUGUAUAGCCCACAAUUAUGUUCUGCCUUGUUUGUUUGUGUGCAGCUGGGUAAGCUCCCUCCGUCAAUCCGGAGUGACAGAAACAACGAUCAAACACUACGUCGAUAACGUCUCCCAGUUCAUCGACUUCAUCGCGGAGACACCUCCUCAGACGUCACGCCUGAGCAAGAACAUGAUGAUCGGCCUAAGGCGGGAGAUGAAGGGCCUGAGGAAGUCCUUAAAGAAGGGGGUCGCCAUGCACAGGACUUCUGUAAAGGCUUCCAAAGAGGAGAAGGUGCUGAGCAAGGGUUUGCUUUUAGAGUGCCGGAAUAAAUCAAAGCUGGGCAUUCCCGAAGCACUUGGUAAGUUUUAUGUGAACUGAACAAGUUAAAAAAUUGUCAAAUGCAAUCAAGAUGUGCAUUUUUAACUCCUCUUUGCUCUCCCACAGUGUUCAGCUCUCCUGGAGAUGGACCCCACGCCGAGAAUCUAGUGGAAGUUUUAUGGACUUUUCUCUGUGUUCCUGUCAUCUGUUUUUGGGCACAGAGGGGGUGUCUUCCAAAAUAUGACCAUCCAGGAGGUCAUGGAGGCAAAGAGGUCAUCAACGGAGAACGCCUUUCUCAUAAAUGUGAGUGUUUGACAUUUUCACUCUCCUUGGCUGUCCGUGUGGUCUCCCGUUCUGAAGCACCUUUGGUUUUUAUCCGUCCGCAGAUAAAGACCCACAAGACGAGUGAGUUGUACGGCCCAGCGCAAAAUAUUUUGCUGGAGGAGAAGUACGAGUGGGUGUUACGGUUCCUGUGUCUGAAGGACCAACUUCCGGGCGGCCUAGGAGCUAAAUUCUUUUUCUUUGUGUCAACGCCCAACCCUUGCAAGAACUUGAACAAUUACUUUCAAGAGGCAUGGAAGGCAAUGGGCCUGCCAGGAUGUCCGACCUUCACAGACGUGAGAACGUCCAUCGCCAGUCAUGUCAAGUUCACGCAUGCUCCUGAGAACCGCCUGAAGCUUUGCAAAUUUAUGUGCCACGAUGUCCGCACGGCGGACAAGUUUUACGUCACCAACCUCACUGCCAAGCAGGCAGUUGAACACAGAAGGCUGUUUGAGGCAGCACUGGAGGGUCCGGAGAGGUCGCCGGCAUCAAAAGACAUACCAAAACGCAGACGCCAGGUCGCCUCAAAGGAUCACCCUCGAAAAAAGCGUAAACUGUUGGAGUCCGAACUCAGCUCUGGCAGCACCACUCCCGAGUAUGACCAAGUGACUUACCAGGAGUCGGGUGUGUCUAGCGUAGAGGACAGCCAGGGUGAAUCUGAGCCAACCAAACCCAGCCAAGACGUCGAGGCCGAGAGAAGAGGCUAGGAAGAUGAGGCGUCGGAACACGGACAGUUGAAAAGGCAAAGGAGACCGAUCGUCCUAUUGACGCCCCUGAAGUCGGCUUUAAGAAAAAACAUUUCAUUCUCUCAGCUGUCCCCGCUGAAAGUGAAAAAGUCUGUCGUCUCAACUUCUCUGUCACUUGUUGGAAUGGGGCGAUAAAGACUUCAAAGAAAAUGCGCAAAGGACUUAAUGGAUAAAUGGAGGAAGAGAAACAAGAAGUGAACUUUUGAACUUAUGUUUUUUUAUUUCCUUCAUUUCAGGUGCCUUUUCCAGUUUGUUGACUGUGUUUUGUACAUGCAUACUGUAUGCUUAUAACUUACUGUUUUACAUAUUUAUUCUUAUUUAAAUGUAAAGCGUUCAUUUGUGUGUGACUUGUUUUUUAUUUUUAAUAAACUUUGGCGAUUGCAAUUUAACAUUUUUGUUGUUGUUUUUAAUGGUCAUCAAUAAUUUUUUCAAAGCUUAAAUUAAGUAAAACCCACGGUAUAUUGCACAGAAUAACUAAUUUAUAUAUUAUGUGUGUGUUACAGCUUUGUGACAUCUUUAUUAUGCUUAAAAAUGGUGUGUCCAUUAGCUACCUAUGGGAGCCGUGCCAAAAAUGUUACGUGUGGCAUGUACAUUCGUAACUUAUUUAAUGGGACCCUCAUAGGUAAAUAAUGGACAAAGCCUAUUAAGGGUCAUUAUAAGCCUAAGUAAGGAUUUAUAUAGCUUUAACUAACAGUAGAGUGAAUGAGAGGCUUAGCCCUUCACAAUGGCGUGCAUUAAGGCUCAUAGAUGUGCUCCAGAAGCUUAAAAAUAGUGUGUCCAUUAGCUACCUAUGGGAGCCGUUCCAAAAGUGUGUGAGACUCAGUUUGGCAAUUACCUGUUUAUUACAGCUUUGUAACAUGGUUAUUAUGCUCAAAAUGACAAUACAUUUGUAACUUAUUUAAUGGGACCCUCAUAGGUAAAUAAUGGACAAAGCCUAUUAAGGGUCAUUAUAAGCCUAAGUAAGGAGUUAUAUAGCUUUAACCAACAGUAGAGUGUAUGAGAGGCUUAGCCCUUCACAAUGACGUGCAUUAAGGCUCACAGUUGUGCUCCAGAAGCUUAAAAAUGGUGUGUCCAUUAGCUACCUAUGGGAGCCGUGCCAAACGUGUCCGUGACUCAGUUUGGCAAUUACCUGUUUAUUACAGCUUUGUAACAUGGUUAUUGUGCUCAAAAUGACAAUACAUGUGUAACUUAUUUAAUGGGACCCUCAUAGGUAAAUAAUGGACAAAGCCUAUU